AUGGCUCCGGCGGAGAAAAAAAAAACCGGCGAGGUGAUCGGAAUCGACCUCGGAACGACCUUCUCCUGCGUGGUCGUCUCUCGAAACGGCAAGGCGGAGAUCAUCGUCAACGACCAAGGAAACCGCACCACCCCUUCCUCCGUCGCCUUCACCAAUUCGAACCGCCUCGUCGACGAAGCCGCCAAGAACCAGGCGGCCCUCAACCCCCGCCGCACCAUCUUCGAUGCCAAGCGCCUCAUCGUCAACUGCGGCGGAAAACCUUACGUCGAAAUAUCAACCGCCAGCGGAGAAGAAGAAGUCAACAAAACCUUCAGCCCGGAAGAGAUCAGCGCCAUGAUCCUUAGAAAAAUGAAGGAAACCGAAGAAUCUUACCUCAGAAAGCCGGUUGCCGGCGCAGUCAUCACUGUCUCGGCCUACUUCAAGGACAUGCAGAGACAAGCCACGAAGGACGCUAGAACAAUCGCUGGGCUCGACGUCCUCCGAAUCAUCAACGAGCCGACCGUCGCUGCCAUCGCCUACGGCCUUAACAACAACAGAAAUAAGAGGAAGAAGGGCAAGAGCAAGAUCCUGGUGUACGAUCUGGGCGGCGGCACGUUCGACGUCAACGUACUGGAAGUAGACGGCAGCCAGUUGUUCCGCGUCCUCACCACCGGCGGGGACACUCACCUCGGCGGCGGAGAUUUCGACCAGAGAGUGUUGGAUUACUUCAUGAAGCUAAUCAAGAGGAAGAACAGCGUGGAGGAUGGUUUGGACUGUCGGACUCUGGGGAGGCUUAGGAAGGAAUGCGAGAGGGCGAAGAGGGUGUUGAGUUGCCAGAGCCAGGUGAAGGUCGAGAUCGAUUCCCUCUUCCAAGGAAAGGAUUUCUCGGAGUCCCUGACGAGGGCGAAAUUCGAUGAGUUGAAUCUGGAUCUGUUUAAGAAGACGAUGAAGGUGGUGAGGGCGACGCUGGAGUUCGCGAAGCUGAAGAAGGGCCAGAUCGAGGAGAUCGUGCUCGUCGGAGGGAGCACUAGGGUUUCGAGGUUGAGGGAGAUGCUGAUGGAGAUGCUCGAUAGGAAGGAACCUAACAGAGGUGUCAACCCUGACGAAGCUGUGGCUUAUGGUGUUGUCGUGCUGGCAUUCAACCUUAGAUGUCUGGCCCCUAGAUACGGUAUUACCUUACAUGACGUUGCUCCCUUAAGUUUGGGGAUUAACGUCGUUGGUGAUGUGAUGUCGGUAUUGAUCCCAAGAAACACUUCUAUUCCGACCAAGAUGUCACAGAUUUAUCACACUAGCCAGGACAACCAGACUACCAUUACAUUCAGGAUAUUUCAAGGUGAAAGAGUGAUGACCAAGGAUUGCCUUGAGCUUGGAAGGAUUAGUCUACGAGACCUUCCACCGGCUCCAAGGGGUGUUGUCAAAAUGAACGUGACAUUCAAGAUCGAUGCCAACGGGAUCUUGAGCGUACUCGUGGAGGACAACGCGAUGAACAACUCAAAAUCGUUCGUCGCCAAGGGAUACAAAGGAAACCUGACGGAGGAAGAGGUGGAGAGGAUGGUGAGGGAGGCGAAGCAGAUGGCCGAGGAAGAUAAACGGGCCAAGGAGCGCGUCGAGGCGAGGAACCGAUUCGAGAGGUAUAUAUACGACGUCAAGGGCGCUCUGAACAAUCGUAACAUUGGUACCAAUAAGUGGUCACGUGACAAGGAGAAGGUGGAGGAUGCAGUGAGAGAAGCUUCGGAGUGGUUGGACGGGAAUGGAAAUGUUUCUAAGGAAGAAUAUGAGAAGAGUAUGCAGAAGCUGGCAGAUGUGUGGAAUCCUAUUAUACGGAAGGUUAAUGCAUGA